UCCGGUUCACUCCGCUGUGCACAGACUGCUACUCACAGGAGCCACAAUGGCGUUUGUAGUCUCCUUCAGAUAGGGCUGUGGAUGAUAUUCAAUCCACCAGCAUCGUCCUAAAUACAGGCCUGGUUGACUCCCAGAGCCAUUGAUAAUAAACUGGAACAUCUACUGCACACGAAAAUAUUAUGAUUUCUAAUCCAUAGUGAAUUUAUAGUGGAUAAAAGUUACAUUAAAGGGAACAUGUAAACAGAACCAACCGGGUCAAGUUUUCAUUUUGUUCGAGCGUCUUUAAAUGAAGACCCUUGUUUCUGAACGCAAACAGCGUGAUUCCGUGGAAUAAAAAACUCCUUCACUAAACUAGACCGCGGACACGGACAGCUCUCACUGAGGGACUUUUUCUUUUUCUGCGAGUCAGCUCGCUAGCUGCCGAGCAUUAGCUAGCGGUGCUAGCUAAAUUGAGACGGAGACGACACCACAAUGCUCCGAUGUCCGCUCGGGAUCUUUCUCAUUCACUGACUAAUUCCAAGUACAAACUUCACAGCACCGGAGAACCGCGGUGGACAUUUUUUGUUCCUGCUUUGACGAGCUAUGCUGGCGACCUGGAUGGAGUGAAGUGUCGCUGCGGAGGACUGGACGUGAGCGGCCUGGUGUGUUUGUUUCGUGUGUUUUUCACUCGCUGUUUCUGCUUAGUAACACUUUUUUGGGAGAAACCGCUUUUCUCCCGUGAAUGACCUGCCUGGACCGCCGAGGCCCAGUCGCAGGAGAGGCACCGACGCCGGCGUGAGGGAUGCCUGGGUCGGACCGACACCAUGGGACCAAGAAGAAGUCGGAAUCCGGCAUCGGCGGUGUGUCGAACCAAACCCAGGCCCAGACCCGAGCCUCUGCGGGAGACAUGACGAGCAAAGGCGGCAAGGUGCAGUUAAAAUCUCCAAUGCCCUCUUCCUCUAAACGCAAACGGCACAAAUCUAACAAACAUAAUCGGGAGUCGGCGGCCCACGAUGGUUUUACCCUCGGCGAUACGGCGCCUCCUGGUGUCAACACAGUGAAGCCUCUGGUUGAGUACGACGAUAUCAGCUCCGACUCGGACACUUUCUCGGACCCGUUGUCCUCCAGGCCCUCUGAGAGGGGGGGCGGGGACAGGCUGGAGCUCUCGCCCGACUACGACAGGGACGACGUCGGAGGAGAAGGAGGCGAGAGCGAGACCAAGGAGCACAGACACCCCCGGAAAAAGUCCAAGGACCCUAAUAAACUCGCUGAAUCUGGGAAUGGGGAGCGUGGGUACAAGAAAAAGAACAUCAAAGACCGCGAGAAGGGGGCGUCGGUGAAGAGCAAGGAGAAGGCUGCCUCCUCGGCCUCCUCCUCCAAGCGCCUGGUCCAGCCAGAGGGGGACUCGAAACGCGGGGAGCUGAUGCUCUCCUCCCAGGUCCAGCCUGUAGCCAGUGUGGGCAGCACCACGUCCUCCACGUCUUCAUCCCGCAGCAAGGAGAGCGGCCGCUCAGGGAAGUCCCGCAAAGACAGGCAGCAGCGGAGGGAAGGCCGAGGGGAGGGCAGCCGUACCUCCUCCCAGAGGAGCCAGGGGAACAGGAGCCACCGGAAGUCCUCCAAGAGCCACAAGUCGAGCCCCAAGGGCAAGUCCUCAAGUAGGGGUAGCCCUCGUAGGAAGGGCACCAGCUCUGCUCUGUCGCCUAGUCCCCGGAGAGGGGCCGGCAGUGAGAGUCCACUGGGCAGCGGGUAUGGUCAGCAGGGGGAGGACAGCUACUCCAGGAGGAGGGCAGCUCAGCAAAGCCCCAGUCCCUAUGGGGACAUGUCUCGCCGCAGCAGACAGAGAUCAGACAGCCCCUAUGGCAGCAGACACAGGUCCUCCAGCUACGAGAGGGACAGCAGCCCAUACUCAAGGAGACGCUCCAUCAGCCCUUACGGUACCCGCAGGUCCUCCAGCACCAGCCCCAUGUCUCGACGCUCAGGCCGCUCCAGGAGUCGCUCCCCUCUGCACUACUCUUCUUCUCGUCGCUCCUCAUCUCGCUCCCGCACUAAGAGGCAUACGUCUUCUGGAGCAGGGCCCAGUUCCCAUAGCAGUCGGCCAGCUAGCCGCUCCCCUCCCACUUCCCGCCUGCCACUUAACUCCAGCCUGGGAGCAGAACUGAGCCGUAGGAAGAAGGAACGUCAGGCUGCUGAGGCGGCCGCUCGUGCCAGCGGCGCUGCCUCCCCUCUUCCCCCAGCACGUAAAUCUACAGUCGUCCCCUCCUCACGGCCAGCUAAAGUCGAGGCUCCGCCGGCAGAAAGAGACUCCGCAGCAGAACCUCAGCCCACUCCACCUGUACAACUACCCCAGGACGUUCCUAGUGCUGAAGAUCAAGUUUCUGCACCUCUCCCCUCUUCUUCCACCUCCUCCCCUGCACCUGCUCCUCCUCAACCCUCUCCUCCUGUGCCUCCUGGUUCAACCAACCAGAUUCCACCACCGCCACCUCAGGCAGAAAAAAGUAUUCAGCCUCCUACACCCUCCACUACAACCCAGGCCAAAUCACCAGCAACAGUUCCCACACGCAGCCCAGUCCGCCAGACCCCGCUCCACAAGACAUCGACUCUGCCCCUCCUGCCUUUACCACCUGCACUGCUGGGAAAUGCUCAGGACAGUCCAAAGAAGUCCACCCCUCCUCAUAGGCUAUCUAGGAAGGAGAAGGAGAAAGAAGUUCGCAGCCGGCCGUCACUCACCGACCUUCCGUUACCACCCACCUUACAUGGAGCUGACUCCUCACCCCCACAGUCCCCCAUCCGCCAGGCUCCUCCGCUACCCCAGACAGCCCUAAAGAAGAGACCAAAGAUUUGCUGCCCGCGAUAUGGUGAGCGCAAACACAACCAGAGUGACUGGGGCAAACGCUGUGUAGAUAAAUUCGAUAUAAUUGGCAUCAUAGGGGAAGGCACUUAUGGUCAAGUGUACAAGGCCAAGGACAAAGUCACUGGUGAGCUGGUGGCUCUGAAGAAAGUGCGUUUAGACAAUGAGAAAGAGGGAUUCCCGAUCACAGCCAUCCGAGAGAUCAAGAUCUUGCGGCAGCUCAAGCACCGCAGCGUCGUCAACAUGAAGGAAAUCGUCACCGACAAGCAGGAUGCACUUGACUUUAAAAAGGACAAAGGUGCUUUUUACCUGGUGUUCGAGUACAUGGACCACGACCUGAUGGGCCUGCUGGAGUCGGGCCUGGUCCAGUUCUCCCACGAGCACGUUCGCAGCUUCAUGCGGCAGCUGAUGGAGGGCCUGGACUACUGCCACAAGAACAACUUCCUGCACAGAGACAUCAAAUGCUCCAACAUUCUGCUGAACAACAGAGGUCAGAUCAAACUGGCGGAUUUCGGUUUGGCCCGACUUUACAGUUCAGAGGAAAGUCGGCCGUACACUAACAAAGUCAUCACACUAUGGUACCGCCCCCCUGAGCUGCUGCUGGGAGAGGAGAGGUAUUCUCCAGCAAUUGAUGUUUGGAGCUGUGGGUGUAUUUUGGGAGAGCUCUUCACAAAGAAGCCCAUCUUCCAAGCCAACCAGGAACUUUUGCAGCUGGAGCUCAUCAGCCGUCUUUGUGGCACCCCCUCUCCUGCAGUGUGGCCUGACGUCAUCAAACUUCCCCUCUUCAACACCAUGAAACCCAAGAAGCAGUACAGACGGAGACUACGGGAGGAGUUCGCCUUUCUACCUAGUUCUGCCCUGGAACUGCUGGACCGAAUGCUGACCCUUGACCCCGCACGACGCUGCUCAGCAGAAACUGCACUCAUCAGUGACUUCUUGUGUAAUGUGGAGCCCAGCAGGAUGCCGCCACCAGAUCUUCCGCACCAUCAGGACUGCCACGAGCUCUGGAGUAAGAAGAGGCGGCGUGCGCGUCAGAGUGGGGUGCCCGAAGAUGUGCCUGUGCCCAAAGUGCCCCGUAAAGAUGCGUCAGGGACCUCUGGCGGAGAGAACAGUCGGUCACAACCCAGCCCGACUGGAGCCCCUCCGCCUCCGCCAGGAAAACCGCCCUCAACAGCUAACCUAGAGAGUGAGUUGUCAGGUCUGGGAGCUGUGGCAGAGCAGUUGAACCAGACAGAGAUGGCAGUACUCCUGAACCUUCUCCAGGGACAGACAGACCUCAGCCUCCCGCAGGUGGCCCAGCUCCUCAACCUCUCCAACCCAGAGACUCUCAGCCAGACGCUGUCUGCCCUCAGCGAGGCCUCCGACCACCAGGGGGCUCAAGAGGACCAGGCCCAGCCUGCAGCAAGGUCCCAGCCCCCAGAGCCGCCUCCCGAACCCAAGGGACCCUCACCUACAUCUGGAGAACCUCCGCUCAGCCAGGAAGACCAAGCAAACCUGCUAGCUCUCAUUUUGGGUCACAUCAUUAAGCCUCAAACCGAGGGUGAAGGCGACGAGAGCAAUGGCGUCCAAUCAGAGGAGGCACUGUCUCGCGGUUCCUCCGCCUCUACUACUGAUCGCAAGGACGGUGCAGUGUCAAAAAAGAAACCACCCAGUGCCAAGCAGGUGUCUCAGCCUGGUGAGCAGCGUCCACCCUCUCCACCUGGGCCACCUCCAUCAGCUCUUCCCCAUGGAAACGCUCCGCAGGCCGGUUCAGAAACCCAACCUAGCCAGGACAUCAGCCCCGCCGUGGCAGCCGCCUUGCUCCAGCUCAUCUCUCAGCAGGACUCGGAAGCUGGGGCCUCUCAGCACGGCAAGAACCCCUCUCCAACUGUGGAAGCCGUGGCCCGGGGAAGGUCCUCUCCAUCCUGGGCUGCUGACUCUCCGCGUAAGCCCUCUGCUGCAGCCGAGGCCCCGGCGGGACUGGUGACUGCUGCUCCAACCAAUGCAGCACAGUUCCCCAAGGACCAGGACCUCCGCUUUUCCCACGGAGCCGCCCGCUGACCCUCACACCCUCUCCAGUGAGACCCCGCCAGGGAUCAUGGGAUGGCUGCUGCAGUCGUGACCCGAAGAGACAGACAGAGGGAGAGCGCAGGUAGUGGAAGCUGAAUCCAAGAUUCUGAAUAUGAAUGUCUUGACAGAAAAAGAUUAAGGGCCUUUUCAGGUAUGACCACGAACACCACUGCCCUGUGAACAAGCUGACGUGCUGUUGUGGGAGUGCUCAGACCCGGGGUUGAUCUGACCUUUACCAGUCCCGUUCAGGACUGUCACCACCUGUAGUCCCUUGCUCUUUCCUCCCCACUGAAGGUCUUGCAUCCAAUGAAAGUUAAGCUUCCAAAUUGAGUGCCAUGCAGCUGGCGCUCGACAUUGAAAGCAGCUGUGAUAUCCCCUUUCCCCCCCCCCUCCCCACC